UCUCUCCUCCCUCCUCCCCGCAGCUCGGGCUCGGCCCCUACUUCCUGCCCGGCGCAGGGAAGCCGCGCGCGGGCUGGGGUCCCUGGGGGCGGCGCUCGCAGCUGGCCACGUCCUGGACGGCCCGGGGCUGGCCGUGGGCGGGAGCGGCCAGCAGCUUCGGCCCCUCCCGAGAGCGUCUUUCAAACUCGCGCCCGCGUCGUGGCGACACCUGGGCAGCUUCACGCCUUGUGCGCGUCCAGAGCCCGUGGCGGCGACCGCUCGGCACCAUCCCACAGUCCUUCCAGCAAGCAUUUAUUGAGCACCUGGUGGUGCCUUGGCCUCUGGGGGCGAAGGAAAGAUACGGGAAAGAAGGCCCAGCCCAGUUGGUUCAUGGUCUUGUCCAGAAGAAACACUUGCAUGUAGGAGUCCUAGGGACCCUUAUGGUCACAUCAGGCCUGCCCUGAUAACCCAGGAUACUCUCCCUACUUCAGGAUCCUGAAUUUGAUCACAUCUUCCAGGCCUCUUCUGCCAUGUAAGAAUCUCCCUGGGGUGCCCACCCAGGGCAGCGAUGCCAGGAUGCCUGUGUCUGCCUCCCUCUGCCAAGAUGGCAGCCAGGAGCGGCCAGUGAGCCUAAUGUCCACCACCUCCUCGUCAGGCUCCUCUCGUGACAGCCGCGGUGCCAUGGAGGAGCCCAACGGCUCUGAGGCUCCUGUGGAGAAUAGUGCAGGCUCCCUGAGGGCCUGGCACCCUCCCAAUAGCAACAACAACUCCAGCAGCUGGCUGACUGUGAAGGGGCCCCGCUCCCCAUUCAGCAGCCGGGCAGUGGCUGGGGCUGCACACCACAAGCUUGGCUACCUGGGCCGCGUGGUGCGGGAGAUUGUGGAGACAGAGCGCACGUACGUCCAGGACCUGCGCAGCAUCGUGGAGGACUACCUCCUGAAGAUCAUUGACACACCUGGGCUGCUGAAGCCAGAACAAGUCAGCACCCUCUUUGGGAACAUAGAAAAUAUCUAUGCACUGAACAGCCAGCUCCUCAGAGACCUAGAUGGCUGCAACAGUGACCCCGUGGCUGUGGCCAGCUGCUUUGUGGAAAGGAGUCAAGAGUUUGAUAUCUAUACCCAGUAUUGCAACAACUACCCCAACUCGGUGGCCGCCCUGACAGAGUGCAUGCGGGACAAGCAGCAGGCCAAGUUCUUCCGGGACCGGCAGGAGGUGCUGCAGCACUCCCUGCCCUUGGGCUCCUACCUGCUGAAGCCAGUGCAGCGCAUCCUCAAGUACCAUCUGCUGCUCCAGCAAAUUGCCAUACAUUUUGAUGAAGAGGAGGACGGCUUCGAGGUGGUAGAAGAUGCCAUCGAUACCAUGACCUGCGUGGCCUGGUACAUCAAUGACAUGAAAAGGAGGCAUGAGCACGCAGUUCGGCUGCAGGAGAUUCAGUCGCUGCUCAUCAACUGGAAGGGGCCAGACCUGACCAUCUACGGGGAGCUCGUCCUGGAGGGCACAUUCCGCGUGCACCGAGUACGCAAUGAGAGGACCUUCUUCCUCUUUGACAAAACACUUCUCAUCACCAAGAAGCGGGGCGACCACUUUGUCUACAAGGGCCACAUCCCGUGUUCCUCCCUGAUGCUGAUCGAGAGCACCAGAGACUCGCUGUGCUUCACCGUCACCCACUACAAGCACAGCAAGCAGCAGUACAGCAUCCAGGCCAAGACAGUGGAAGAGAAGCGGAGUUGGACUCACCACAUCAAGAGGCUCAUUCUGGAGAACCACCACGCCAUCAUCCCCCAAAAGGCCAAGGAAGCCAUCUUGGAAAUGGAUUCCUGUUAUCCCAGUCGGUACCGCUAUAGCCCAGAGCGGCUGAAGAAGGCCUGGUCCUCCCAGGAUGAGGUAUCCUCCCAUGUACGCCAGGGGCGCCGGCAGUCUGAGCCAUCCAGACACCUGCUCAGGCAACUGAAUGAGAAGGCCAGUGCAGCAGGAAUGAAGCAUGCAGGCAGUGCUGGCACCCUCCUGGACUUUGGGCAGCACCCCUGUCCUCAGGGUCUGGAGCCAGAGGCUGAGGGGGCAGCACAGGAGGGGCAGAAAGAAGAGGAGGAGGAGGAAGAAGAGCAGGCUUUUCAGGUUUCUUUGGAGGACCUGGCAGGGCAUCAAGGCAGCGAGAAUGGGACCGGGCCAGAGCCCCUAGGCUCCGAGGAGGAGGAGAGCCUGGCAGUGGCGGAGCAGGUAGCCGACUUUGCCAGCUCCCUGCUGGCUGCCUUCCACUGCUGGCACUAUCGGGCCAACGCUUUACUUUUCUCCCGGGGCGCUAUGGGGAAGGGACGCAGGGAGUCUGAAGGCCCCACGAGCUGCAGAAGGCCUAGUGGCCAGUCGCCAUCCGGUGCUGAGAAGCGCAUCAGCUUCGAGUCCAUCUCUUCCCUGCCAGAGGUUGAACCAGAUCCUGAGUCUGGGACGGAGCAGGAGGUCUUUGCUGCCGAGGAAGGUCCCAGCACUGAGAUGCUUUCAGACACAGAAUCUCCGGAAGUCCUGGAGACGCAGCCUGAUGCCCACCAGGAGCUGCCGGAGGUGGACCACCCGGAUGAUGUGGUGGACUUUGUGGUGGCUGAGAGCACUGAGGACCUUAAGACUCUGAGCAGCGAGGAGGAGGAAGAAAUGGGAGCCACCCAGGAGCCUGAGAGCCUCCUGCCACCCUCUGUGCUAGACCAGGCCUGUGUCAUUGCUGAGAGAUUCGUCAGCAGCUUCUCUCGGCGGAGCAGCCUGGCUCUAGAUGAUGGCAAACCCAAUGGGUUGGGGACCCCACGGCUGGUCAGCCGUAGCAGUAGUGUGCUCAGCCUAGAAGGCAGUGAGAAGGGCCUGGCCUGGCGUGGGAGUUCCUCAGACUCUAUCAGUUGUCAGCUCCCCCAAGGGGUGGAUAUCAGUGUGGGGGUGGCCACAGACGGCAGCCCUUCUGUCAACGGAACAGAGCCCCUAAGCCCAGGGUGCCCAGUGGAGCCUGACAGGUCAUCUUGUAAAAAAAAGGAAUCCAUGCUUUCCACCCGGGACCGGCUGUUGCUGGACAAAAUUAAGAGCUAUUAUGAAAAUGCAGAACACCAUGAUGCAGGCUUUAGUGUGCGGCGCCGGGAAAGCCUCUCCUACAUCCCCAAAGGACUGGUGAGAAACUCAGUCUCCAGGUUCAAUGCCCCUCCCAGGCCAGACCCAGAACCAGUGGCCCCAGUAGGGCACAAGAGACAGGUGGGCUCCCGGCCGGCUUCGUUGGCUCUGUUUGAUCUCCCUGGACCAAGCCAGGCAGGCCCAGGGGACCCUAUAACAGAUGCUGAGUUCCGCCCAUCUUCAGAAAUUGUGAAGAUCUGGGAAGGGAUGGAGUCUUCUGGGGGAAGCCCUCAGAAGGGGCCAGGUCACGGCCAGGCCAAUGGCUUUGACCUGCACGAACCACUCCUCAUCCUGGAGGAGCAUGAGCUUGGAGCCAUCACCGAGGAGUCGGCCACUGCCUCUCCGGAAAGCACCUCUCCCACCGAGCGCCCCAGCCCAGCACACCUGGCCCGGGAGCUGAAAGAGCUGGUGAAGGAGCUGAGCAGCAGCAGCCAGGGGGAGCUGGUGGCCCCACUGCACCCCCGCAUCGUGCAGCUCUCCCACGUGAUGGAUAGCCACGUGAGCGAGCGUGUCAGGAACAAGGUGUACCAACUGGCCCGACAGUACAGCCUCCGCAUCAAGGCCAGCAAGUCGGCCAGGCCACCACUGCCCUGGGACAAGGCAGCUCCUGCUGGGGAUGGGAAGACACCCACCGUCUCCUGCCUACAGGAGGAGACCGGGGAGCCUUCGGGUGGCAAAGGUCGGAGAAAGCCAGUGUUAUCUCUCCUCAACUACAAGCCACCUGUGGCCCAAGAGCACAGCCCCCCCAAGCCCUCCUCUGCAGGGGAGAUGGCGUCACGACGUUUCACCUUCAGCCCUUCUGCUGCUGGCCCAAGGACCACCUCGCCUGGGGGCCAUCCCUCCUCCCGAAGCCCCCUUAGCCCCUUUGACACUGAGACCUUCAACUGGCCUGAUGUCCGAGAGCUCUGCUCCAAGUACGCCUCCCAUGAUAGGCCUCUUCGGGCUGAGGGCAGCUGGCCCCGCCGGCUUUCUGUCAACCGGAGCCGCUCACUGCCUGAGAACAUGAUGGAGCCACCUCUGUCAGGCAGCAGGGACCACUGCUGCAGCCUGAGCACCAAGAGAGGCCUGGGAGGCAGAGUGGCUGCCCAGCCCCCGCUCCCUGGGUCUACACUCCACAUGGGGCCAGACGGAGGUGAGGCCUUGUUUGUCACUGCAGACCUCAUCCUGGAAGACAGCCAGCGGGUGAUUGUCCUGGAGAAGGGACCCCUUCCUAGCCCCACUGUGGGGCUGAAGGAGGAGGGCAGAGGGCCGGGACCAAGCUUGCUUGCAACACCUAUGGUGCAGGGCUUGGAUUUCCAGGUGUCUGUGGAGCGUCGGCCAAAGGAAGAGGGCUCCAGGGACCCAACAGACCCAAGUCAGCAGGGCAGAGUGAGAAACCUCAGAGAGAAAUUCCAGGCCUUGAACUCCAUAGGUUGACUCAGACUCCUGGGGGAAGGAGGAGUCAUGUUUGUGGUUAGGGAGAGUCUGGGCAUACUUGGUCCAGCCUGGGCCAUAGGGGGCAUGCACAGGGCCUGUGGAAGGCGAGGAGGCUGUCCCCUUUUGCUCUUCCGUGUGCAGUGAACUCAUGUGCUACCUGUGCCAUGUGGUAGUGCUCUCCUGGAGCUUGUUACAGCUUUGCAUAGGACCAGCGAGCCACUCUUCCCCUCUGAGGCUGACGUGCCACUUUCCUUGUAAAUAGUUCUUUUCUGGUUAAGAAGCCAGGUAUUUAAGCUCACCUCUUCCCAGGGAGAGCCAGCCCUGCUCAGGCCACUGCCAGCCCAAGGAGCCCACCCAGGGAAACUUGAGGAGUGGCCUGGGGGCCCUGUUCUUUAACUGUGCCUUUCCUUAGCAACUUGGCAGGAAGGAAGCCAAUAAUUUAUUGCUUUGCGUUCUGUGGUGUGUGCACAUGUGUGUGUCCUGCCAUUGUUUAUUCCCUUCCUGUGAAGAAUGUAGCAGACUCAGUAGGUACUCUGAGGGUUGUCUUGCUGACUCUGUGCUUGUCACUAAUGUAUACACGUUUCAUUAUUUACCAAUGGUGCAAUAACCACUGCUGACACUGCUG